AUAUACACCUUUCAUCGUGACCUUCACCAUGUCCGUCGCUCAUGGUAUCAAACUCCUAGGUGUGCUCGGCGCAGGCCAAAUGGGCACGGGCAUUGCCUUUGUCUCUGCUCUUCGUGCCAAAGUUCCUGUACUUAUACACGACCGCUCGCAAGAGCAAAUAACCAAAGGUCUGGCACUCAUGGAUAAGCUCCUUGCGAAGGACGUUUCCAAGGGUAAACUCCAGGCAGCUGAAGCUCAGGAGGCACGCGAUCGCGUACGAAUUGUCGAUAGUUUGGAUGCCAUGCGUGACGUGGAUAUGAUAAUCGAGGCUGUUACAGAGAAUAUGGAUCUCAAGCGGACAUUGUUCAAAAGCUUUGCGGAGACACUAAGGCCGGAUGCCAUUUUGGCUACGAACACUUCGUCUAUCAGUAUCACAAAAAUCGCUGCCGCAGUCAUUCCAUCUGGAAAAACUGCCGCAUCUAAGGAAGGAAAAGAAGCUGCUGGAAGGGUCGUUGGUCUCCAUUUCUUCAAUCCUGUCCCUGUUAUGAAACUCGUUGAACUCAUAUCCGCAAUACAAACGACCCCUGAUACUUUGGACCGUGCACGAGCAUUCGCAGAAGCAUGCGGAAAGGAGGUUACAACGUCUCAGGACGUCCCAGGUUUCGUGUCGAAUGCGCUGUUGAUGCCAUUCAUUAACGAGGCGAUCAUGUGUUUAGAGAAGGGCACAGCUACUCGUGACGACAUUGAUAAGACAUUCCGUCUAGGAAUGAACCAUCCUAUGGGGCCACUCCAGCUAGCUGAUUUUAUUGGUUUGGAUACAUGUCUCUCAAUUCAGCAAACGUUAUACACUGGGACGUCCGACUCGAAGUACCGACCUUCCGUUCUUCUUGAGCGCAUGGUAGACGCUCAGUGGUUGGGGCGUAAAAGUGGCAAAGGUUUCUACGAAUACGAUGACUGAUUACAAUGCAGCCCAGGGCACCGAGCCUUUCCAGUUAACAGAGCACACUGUGCAGUAGAAACAUUCAAUUUCUCCUGAGAUGAUGAUGUUACAUCUUACAAUGGUGGCUUCUGUUGUCAUUGAUAACUGCCUGCCCAGUUGUAACUUAAAUGAAAUGCCUCAGUUUCCGUGAU